AUGGUCCUCGACUACAGCAAGUGGGAUCAGCUGGAGCUUUCCGAUGAUUCGGAUGUCGAGGUUCACCCCAAUGUCGACAAGCGCUCAUUCAUCCGCGCCAAGCAGGCCCAGAUCCAUCAACAACGUGAACAGCGCCGCCACGAUAUCAAGACCCUGAAGUACGAGCGCAUUAUCAAUGACGGUCUACUUUUGCGCAUCGACAAGCUCCUCGAAACUCUUAAGAAGCACGAAGACACCUCUGCCUCCCCCGAUCAGUUCCUCUUCGAGACCAUCAUGGAGUUUGCCAGCAAGCCCGCGGAGGAUCAAAUGAUGGGUGCUCUUGUGGAUCAGGUCAAGCAGGAGUUUGAGGACUCCAAACCCGACAGUCUAGUCAAGGCAUAUAUCCAAGGUGUGACGGGACACAAGACUAAGGUGCAGGAUCUGCAGAAGGAACUGUUGACAAAGCUUGCCGAGCUUGAGAAGGAGGAGGGAAGCAAGAUUACCAGCGAUACACUGCACGAAGGCUUCAAUACUUCCCAUAUCACAAAGGCUGCAGAGAAGGAGAAAGAGAAGGCCGCCGCUUCGGGAAAGCAAACAGAGGUUGAGUUGCUCAAUCCCGCCUCGUCGAGCCAGGCUUCCAGCGGUGCAGCCGACUAUGAUGACGAAGACGACCCCGCGAAUGUUGAGAUCAGUGAGCUGGCCAAGAAGUUUGCUGCUCUCAAGCCCAAUGACUACAACUCCUACCUGUCAUUUAUCUCUGCCAAUCCUCAAAUUGUCGCCGAGAAGGAGACGGAUGGUCUUCUUGUUGAAGCUUUCAACAGCCAAAUUAAGGGUGAUGAGGCCUAUGCCCGUCAAUGUGUUCAUCAAGGACUGCUCCUGCAGUAUUGCCGAUCCCUCGGCCCUGAUGGUAUCAAGCUCUUCUUUACUCGCAUCACCACACAGGCCCACCGUGCCUCCACUCUCUUCAACAACGAUGUCAAUGAUACCUAUAACCGUAUCAAGACCCGUGCAGUAGAACUCAGCAAGGAUAGCUCCGCAUCCAACGAUCCAGCUGGUGUGGAACAGAUCCAACUGCACGCUGUUGAUCCCAACACUAAGAUCACUAUCAACCUCCCCGCUGCCAACAGUCAAGACCCCACAGAAGUCGAAGCGCGUAAGAUCUUCGAUGCUUUCCCUGCAGACCUACAGAAGGCGUUGGCCAGUGAGUCACUAGACGAAGUGAACAAGGUCCUCGGCAACAUGUCAGUCGAUGAUGCAGAGGUUGUCGUUGAGCAGCUGGGAAAUGGCGGCAUGCUCAGUCUUGAGGAGGGCAUCAUUGACAGCACCACGGAAGAAGGCCAGGAGAAGCUGAAGGAGCUUGAAGCUGAGGGCAAAGAAGAUGUCGGGGAGCCGGGCGGCGAUGUUACGGAGUUGGAUUGA